CCGACAGAUGUGCGCACAAGUGUUCAUGGAAUUAUUUACGAAGAGUGCUAUAUAGAUGGCUAGAGGGUAACUGCUUUUUUUCUACGGGCUUUGUAUGAACAAGGUAAAAUUAAGAUUAAUUGAAUGUCACCGCUUAAAAUUUACGAAAUACAAUCGAACAGAAAGUCACAUUCCACUGGGUGCUUCGAAUGGAGUUAUGUACCGAGACAAAUAACAAAAAGAGCGGAUAAGGAGACCGGGUGGAAAUCAGUUUACCAUACCAUGGUUUAUUUAUAAGAGACGGUCGGCAACCGUGAACCGCUGAAAAACACAGCGCGUCUUUGUGCGCAGCCGGAGUCGCCAGCUCAACUGCGGUCUGGAGUACUUUCCCUCGGGGGGAUACUGGCGCACACAACCUCCUGCCCCAAAAAAAAUUCCUCCGUCUCUCAUUUCUCUCUAAAGAUUCACCUUUUUUCGACUUCGGGGUUCAUGCGUACGUGGAUGGAAACGGGAAGCAGAAUUUUUCUACGCGGUAUUCAUUGUUUCUAUUUUUUAAGCAAAGUUUAUUUUAAAACAACAUUUAUAAACAAUAUUUUUUUAAAGUAGUCUAGAAUAAUUUCCUCAUCCCCAGCAAGUUUCCGUGGCCCGACGGGUCCCGUCAGGUCUGCUCUGUGGAUUGCUCACUUGUUCGAUGUAACUACUUGCAGUUUGCUGAGAAUUUCUGGGUCAGCUCUCCUGCUACUUGUUGCAACCGAGGCAGUGUUGUUUGUAGUAAAGUGUAAUUUUACCCACGUAUGCUUCUUUCUUGUAACAUUUCAUACUUUCCGAGAAUCUAUGACAUUUUGACGUCCUCGACAUCAUUCCAGGCCUUGGCAUAUUGAAUUGGCCUCCACGCGUUUUAAAUGUAAGACUGAAAAUAUUGCAUGUUUUCAAACUUAUGAUUGUCUAACUUAAUGCAUCUUGGAUUAUAAAUUGUGUUAGUUAUUUUAUCUGUGCUGACACAGGAGGAGGAGGUCAAAACUAAAAAAAUGAUUGUAGACAUAGUGUUGCGUCGUUAUUGAAAUAACACUUCAGUUAUUCCAGCUAUGUUAAGUCCUGUUGUGUUUGCGCUCCGCGCGCGCGCGCUCAGCUACACGCCAAGAUCGUGAUAAAAUGCAACACAUUUAAGCUUCAAAGUACACAUCCAUUCUGCUUAAUUUUCGACUUUUGCCCUGGUCUAGUACAUAUAUUGAUGCACGUACUAAGAUUCUUUCCCAAAGUACCUUCGUUGUAAAGCUUCUGAAGGCAACUCACUUGUCCAUAGACAUGGGGAUUUUGGUUCAUUGUGCCUUAUGAAAGCAGUUUUGAGUCCGAACAUGUGGGGCUUUUUUCUGGCACGAUUAACUUUUUUUUCGCACAGUGCGUGUUUGUAUGAAGAGCACUGAGGUGUGAAACGCCUUUCAAGCCCCUUGCCGCAUCUCACUGAACUGUAAAUUAAGCACUGGAAUGUAGUCUGUGCUGAAUGACUCUUGCCUGCCAGACUUGUAAAAACAAAUAAAACAGACGAAUUUUACCCGAAGGUUUUUUUUGCGGAAACGGAGGGUCUUCACUUGCCUUCAAAAAUGAAGGCAAACAAUGAAUAAAAAAAUCUAUCAUUUUAAUGUUAUCGAUUAAAUUCGUUUGUGAUGGUAGCCUACUGUUCGUAUUCAAAUUUGAAUUUCGGCUCCUUGAUUGUGCAGAUGAGUCCUAUGGAACGUGUCGCUCCCCUGUGGCCAGUCCUGGCACUACUCCUUCUCAGCGUCGCCCCAGCGCACCCAAGCAAGUGCCCCAAAUUUUGCAUAUGUGACAACAUCCAGCUGACCGUAGCCUGCACCGGAAAAAACCUCACAGAGAUUCCUCCCACGAUCAAUGAGAUUACAGUCAAGCUGGACCUGAAGGGAAAUAACAUCCAGGAGCUGCCGACGGGGGCCUUCCUCCACACCCCGUACCUGACGCACCUGUCCCUGCAGCGCUGCAACGUGCGCAGCGUGCGCGAGGGGGCCUUCCGGAGCCUGGGCCGCCUGGUCUUCCUCAACCUGGCCAACAACAACAUCGAGAUCCUCUACCAGGAGUCUUUCGACGGACUCACUUCCCUGAAGCAGCUGCUCAUCGAUCACAACCGGGUGGAGGAGAUCCAGCCGGGCGCCUUCUCCCAGCUGGGCUUCCUCAACCUGCUGUCCCUGACCCACAACCAGCUGGUCUACAUCCCCAAUAUGGCCUUCCAGGGCCUCCAGAACAUCAAGUGGCUGCGUCUGACCCACAACUCCCUCAACAACCUGGCAACCGAGGCCUUCGCCGGCCUCCUCACCCUGACCCGCCUCAGCAUGGACCACAACGAGCUGCAGUUCUUCCCCACUGAGACCAUGACCAGGCUGCCCGAGCUCACCCGCCUGGAUUUGGGCUACAACCCCAUGACCUACCUGGGGGAGGAGACGGUGGUCAUGGCCAAACUGACCCACCUCUUCCUGGACCACAUGUCCCUGCAGGACUUCUCCCACAUGGCGCUGGUCCAGGCGCCCCGCCUGGCCCACCUGGACCUGGGACACAACCAGCUGCGCGUGCUGCAGCCCCCGCUGGGGCCCGAGAAGCUGGCGCGCCUGGUCCUGUCGGGGAACCCGGUGUACUGCAGCUGCUUCCUGCGGCCCCUGCGGGAGUGGGCCCUCCGGGGGCGCGUGCGGCUGCUGGGGGCCUGCGCCGGGCCCCCCCACCUCUCAGGCGAGAGCCUGGCGUCCGUGCACCCCGCCAACCUGCGCUGCCAGAGCCAGGAGGCCAUGCUGAGGGCCGAGCAGGAGGAGCACAGCAGGGCCACCCCGCCCCCCACCCCCAAACCCGCCAGCAGGGUCAAGUGUCCCGCCAACUGCGACUGCGAGAGGGAGACCCACCACUCCUCCUGUGAGAACCGCGGCCACACCAAAAUCCCGCGCGGCUUCUCCCCGGAAACCAGCCUGCUGGACCUGCGCGGCAACCACUUCCACUACAUCCCCGGCAACAGUUUCCCCGGCGUCGCCAAGGUGGUGUCCCUGCACCUGCAGCGCUGCAAGAUCCACGAGGUCGAGGGGAGCGCCUUCGACGGGAUGAGGAGCCUGGUGUACCUGUACCUGUCGGAGAACGAGCUCUCCUCCCUCAGCCCCGACGCCUUCAAGGGCGUCCCGCAGCUCACCUACCUGCACCUGGAGAGGAACAAGUUCAGCCAGUUCCCCAAGGCGGCCUUCGGGCUGCUGCCCAACCUGCUGGCCCUGCACCUGGAGCACAACGCCAUCGCCAGGCUGGAGCAGGGCGUCCUCCGGGGCGCCGAGAAGCUGCGGGGGCUGUACCUGACCGGCAACGGCAUCCACGCCGCGGCGCCCAAGGCCUUCAGCCCCGCCCCCGACCUCGACACCCUCCACCUGGGCUCCAACCAGCUGAAGGAGGUCCCCACCGACGCCCUCGGCCAGGCGCCCAGCUUGGCCGAGCUCCGCCUCUCGGGAAAUCCCAUUCGCUGGGUGCCCGGCGAAGCCUUCUUGCCAUUCGCCCACAGCCUCAAGCAUUUGUAUCUGGACGGCAUGGGCCUGGAAAAGAUGUCCAAGGACUCCCUGGCAGGGCUGGGGUCCGGGCUGCGCAGUCUGCUCCUGGAGGGGAACCAGCUGGAAGAGGUGCCCGACCUCGGCCCCCUCACAGGCCUGGAGGUCAUCAACCUGUCCGACAACCCCCUGCUGUGUGACUGUCCGCUGCUGCCGCUGCGCAAGUGGAUAGACAAGGUGAACCUGAAGGUGAGGGCCUCAUGUGGCCACCCGCCUGAACUGCGGGGUCGCAUGGUCAAGGACGUCCACGUCUUCAAGAGCUGCCCAGGGGAGAGCCCCCCUCCCACACCGGCCCCUAAGGGCCCCAAGCCCCCAAAAUCCACCAAGCCCAAACCUGCCCACCUUAAUGCCCCCAAACUCAAGCCAGUCAAAGCGAAGGCCAAACCGCACAAGAGCCAGAGUCAGAAACCUGCAGCAGCCCCCAAAACAACUAGCAAGAAAGGCAAGCUGCCGUAAUUCCACAGAAUGACCACCAGGGGGGAGCA